AUGACUUUGGAAAGCCAUUGUAUUCACUCUGUUAUCCACUGGACUCGAACCGUGAGCCUGCUGUUAUCUAUUGCUGUGAUUGUAUUAUCCUUACACAUAUAUCAUCGCAGCUCUGUCACUAUAUUAGCGUUAUCAGAGAAAGAAUUCUCUCGAUCCAUAGGAGUAGGCAGCAGCGGCGAUGAGGUGGUCGAGUCGCCAACAAGCGCCAUCCACGGAAAUGCACAACCCUUUUUUUUGGAUAUGAUAUACGGUAAAAAACUAAUUGCAAGCUUAGUCGCAGCACAAGCAUCGAUUUUCUGUCCGUUACUUUUAAUGAUGAAUAGCAGUCGCAUUGCCAGAAAACGAAACAGUACCAGCCAGAAGAGCCCAUCCUCCAUAUCACUCACAUCGACAUCUUUGUUCAUUAACAGUUUCCUACCUAUACCCUAUCGUCCCCUUGAACAGACAAAACAAUAUACUGACAUAGAACAAGUUGGAUUCACAGCAACAGCAGCCAGGAGUACUAGGUUUUAUUGUCGCUAUCUUUUGGAGCAAACAUGUCAAUUUCUCAUGCCAUUAGGGCUUGCCAUGUGUUGGAUAUUCAGCAUCCUUUAUGAUAGAAAGUCGGACCAGUUAUUGAUGGCAGCAGCAGCAGCAACAACAACAUUAAAAGCACAAACCAGCAACAGUAUGAUGAACGAUGAUACUCUUAGUUACUACUACUUACCAACAACACCCAUCACCCUCCAUAGCCCACUACUGAAAAAAAAUGACCUCUUAGAUGUUGAUUCCUUUCUGUACGGUUUAAAGUAUAGUAUUAUUACCACUUUAUUAUUCGAAAUGUGGUCCCUGUGGUUCUCCACAGGACGCUAUCUUAUCUCUGCAUGGCUUUUCAAACAAACCAACGUUGACAAACAACACAAUCAAGGAUCCAUCAAAUUACCUGAAGAUGAUGAGGAGCAUCCAACUCACAUCAUCUGUCAAAUAGAAGGUCUUGAACGAACUCUCUCAUCAUAA